AUGGAGCGUAAAGUACUUUGGACGCCUGCUCCUAGCAAUGCAUCAACGGAGCUUAGCAAGUUUCAAGCUUUUGUUGAAAAGGAGCAUUCGGUGCACUUUCAAUCAUACCAGGAGCUGUAUCAAUGGAGCACAGACAACACCACACAAUUCUGGAAAGCCUGUUGGGACUAUUGUCGGAUCAUUCACUCGCAACCUCCGAGCGAGAUCCUAGAUGCUACAAAGACCAUGGAUCAAGUGCCCGAAUGGUUCAAAGGAGCUCGUUUGAACUUUGCCGAAAAUAUGCUCAAAUACCGAGACGACCACGUAGCAAUCAUAUCAACCGGAGAACAAUUGACUCCAUACUCGCUCACAUAUGCAGAACUGUAUGACAAAGUAGAAAAAGUCGCUAGAUCACUUCGGAGAUCUGGUGUUUUAGUCGGUGAUCGCGUAGCUGCAUACCUGCCCAACACGGAACAUGCCAUAAUAUGCAUGCUGGCCGCUUCUGGUGUCGGGGCAGUGUUUUCAAGUGCGUCCCCAGAUUUCGGUGUACAGGGGACGUUGGACAGGUUGGGACAAAUUCAACCAAAGCUCUUGUUUUGUGUCGAGUCUGUAUACGAGGACGGAAAGCUACAGUCUGAAGUUGGCAAGCUGGUUGAUAUUGUGAAUGGAUUGCCGAGUUUGGAAAAGGUUGUGUUUUGUGGAGAUGUUGGUGAUGAUGCUUUGAGAGUGCCUAAAUCGAUGAGCAUGGACUCCUUCAUACUACUAUCCGCAGACGACACUACUCCGUUCAACUUUGAGCAGCUGCCAUUCGAUCACCCACUUGUCAUCAUGUUUACCAGUGGCAGUACCGGCAAACCGAAAUGUCUGAUACAUCGUGCUGGUGGACUACUAUUACAACAUCGAAAGGAACAUCUGAUUCAUACGUCAAUGUCACGAAAGGAUGUCUUUUUGUAUUAUACGACAACUGGGUGGAUGAUGUGGAAUUGGCAGGUGUCGGCGCUCGCUGAGGGUUCUACAUUAGUUCUCUUUUCUGGGAAGCCGUUUCUGCCAACUCCAGGAGUACUGUUUAAGGUUGUAGAAGAUCACAAAAUCACCAAACUUGGAAUCAGCGCCAAGUACAUACAAUCAAUACGCGAUGCCGGCCUCACUCCAGCUAAAUCAUACGACCUGUCUUCCCUCGACACGAUAUACUCUACCGGCUCGCCCUUAUCCUCUGAAGGAUUCGAUUACAUUUACGAAUUCAUCUCCCCUAACGUAAUGGUAUCAUCCAUAACAGGCGGCACAGACAUAUGCUCCCUAUUUGGCGCACCAAACACGAAUAUACCAGUUAUUCGGGGACAAGUGCAGUGCAGAGGACUGGGAAUGAGCGUUGACGUGUGGGAUGAUGAAGGGAAGAGUAUUGUGGAUUUUCCAGGAGAGCUUGUCUGUACUCGGCCAAUGCCAUGUAUGCCUAUCGGAUUCUUGAAUGAUUCAGAUGGAUCAAAGUAUCGUGCUGCGUAUUUUUACAAUCCAAGAUUUCCAAAUGUGUGGUUUCAUGGUGAUUAUGUGCAGUUGGAUUCUGUGUAUGGUGGUUUGGUGAUGCUGGGUCGAAGCGAUGGAACAUUGAAUCCACGAGGUAUUCGUUUUGGAAGUGCUGAUUUAUAUACCAUUGUGGAGGACUUUGUGGAGGUGAUGGAUUCGCUGGCUGUUGGUCAUAAGGCGUCUAACAAUGACGAGGUCGUGGUACUGUUCCUCAAAAUUAAUCCCAAUUUCACAUUCUCGCAAGAAUUGGUUACUCAUAUCAAGGAACGAAUCAGCAGUCAGCUAUCAUCAGCGCACGUCCCUGCAAUAAUCAUGCCAAUCGCCGACAUCCCCUACACCCUCAGCGGCAAGAAGACCGAAGUUGUCGUAAAACGUCUCCUAGCAGGCACACCACCAGCAACAACUUCCGCCCUCCGAAACCCAGAAUCCAUCACACACUUUUUAAACCUCGACCUCGACACCCCCAUCACAUCAACAUCAUCCAAACUCGCCAACGACAACAUCGCAAUCGCAAUCUCCGAAAUGGCAGCAGCAGCUAUAAACCAGCCAGCUCUAUCAGGACUUGAUUUCAGUUUCGCUGAAGCUGGAUUUGAUUCGCUCACUGUGCUACGAGUCAAGACGUUUCUGAGUGAAAAGUAUCAGUAUCUGAUUGACGCACAUGCGUUGUUGCUCUUUGGGACUAGACCGUCGACGCUGUCAAGGGAUAUUAGGGAUGCGGCGUUUAGGAAGAAUGAUCCUGUUACGACGGAUGUGACGGUGUCGAAUGAGAAGGCAGGAUCUAAGGGGCAGACAGGGUCGUAUGAAUUGUCGUUGGCGGUUCAGAGACUGGCUGGUGCGUGGGUUGGUGCUGCCUUGUUUCAUUUGCCGAUUGUGCCAGGGAUACUGAGAAGGAGGAUAUCGUUUGAGCUGAAUACGUUGUUUUUGGGAACUGUUGCUCUGACGAGGGAAGGGGAAGCUGUUGAUGGUGAUAGACUAAGGAAAGCGACGACGAAGCUAGCCCAAUUGCAUCCCGCACUUCGAACACGCGUCGACUUUCUCGGAUCCAAAUACGCAAAGAACAUUCUCGAGCCCAUUGCUCGAGUAUUAAUGCCAAUACAAACUACAGCCGUCCUGAAUAACCCAGAAGACUCCUUUAAUCUCAUCAAAGCCUCUGAAAAGGCCAUACACGAUAUAGCAGCUAUUCAAAAGCUCGCAGCACCAACAUUCGCAGGCUCGAAACGUAUGGGUGUAGUCAUCUGGAAUGAGACAUCGUCGUUUGUGGUGCUUGGACUAAACCACAUAAGCUUUGAUAUGGAGACACGGGAGAUAUAUAUCAGACAUUUGAAGAUGCUGUAUCAGGAUCCUGAUCGGAAGGACAUAUAUCCAAGCAAACUAAUGGAUUGGUCCUUCGUAUGGGCAGCAGCCAGAUCCCAUUUUGAACCUCUACCAUCCAGGUUCCCUAUAACGCGCGUAUCCAGUAAAUCCCUCAUAACCACAAAGAUUGACUACUCUAUCCUAAGUGUGAGAAUCCCACAGGGAGUAGCUGGUGUUGAUUUAAUGGCUUCAUUGCUGGUACUCAUGCUGCAAAUCAUAUGGCCUAUUACGAAUAACAAGAAUGAAAGGAGUGUUGGGUAUUUGAGUUGUAUUAAUGUCGCCAAGGAAGGUUACAGCGGCAACGGCCUCAUCGAAACAUACUCGAUCGUUCAAAUCCCGGAAACACGCACCCUCCAAGCGCUCCUCGCAGCCUUCAAAUCCCGCAAGACAUACCUCCUCACCGACCACGUCGCGCAUCCACACCGCUACACGGGACACGUAUUCAUGAAUAUGCGUAUCCGGUCACACUCGGAACCCGACACGUCGCUCAAGAGUCUCAAUCGGAAAAAGACAUGGCCGAUUGUUGCGGGCAGCAUGUUUGUGCAUUUUGAUGUUUGGCCGGGUAGUGAUAGGCUUACUGCACAGUUGUUGUUGACGCAUGAUUUGAAGAAGGGCGUAUGUGAGACGCUUGGGAGUCGGUGUCAGCAGACUUUGAGAGAGUGGGGUUUAAAAUCUGAAAUCAUUAUGACGGGAGAACUGCCUGUUUUGGGUUGA